AUGUCACGCGCUCAAAAUGGAUGUCGGGGCGGUGGUCGUGGAACCAAGGAACCACUCCUCAUUGACGCGGUCAUUGGCAAGGUGGUUAAACGCAACCGUCGGAACCUCUCCGCCGCCUGGAUAGACUACAAAAAGGCAUUCGACUCGGUGCCUCAUACAUGGCUGAGGAGGGUCCUCGAGCUGUACAAGGUUGACUGUACAGUUCGAGACUUCCUCGGGCAGUGUAUGGGGCAGUGGAGUACAAUCCUUUGUCAUCUAGGCGAGCGGAUGACGGCUGCGGAGAACCACAUAAGGAUAAGAAGGGGUAUCUUCCAGGGCGAUUGUCUGAGUCCAAUCUGGUUCUGCCUCUCUCUGAACCCUCUUAGUACCUUACUGGAGGGUUCCGGGAGGGGAUUUCAGCUUCGGAGAGGAGGUACAAAAGUGACCCACCUUUUCUAUAUGGAUGAUCUCAAGUUAUUCGCCUCCAGUCGCUCUCAUCUUAUGGAAUUGCUAAACAUCACUUGUGAUUUUAGCAAUUCUAUUAGAAUGGAGCUGGGGACGGAUAAGUGUGCGGUCCUCCAUGUCGAAAGGGGUAGGGUUGCUAACUCUGAGGGCAUAGACUUAUCUAUGCCCAUCAACAUAAAGACCCUAUCCGAGGCUGAAACAUACCGAUACCUGGGUAUGUCACAGAACAUAGGUAUCGAUGAGGCGGACAUGAAACGGUCAGUUUGCGGUGUGUUUUAUGCACGCUUGACAAAAGUGCUUAACAGUCUUUUGUCGGGCGUUAAUAAGACACAUGCAUAUAACGGUUGGAUCAUGCCUGUUCUCAUGUAUACCUUUGGCAUGCUCAGGUGGACUCAGACCGAACUGAACGCUCUGGACACGCACUAUAAUGACGUCCCACAGGAUGCAUCAUCCGAGAUUGUCAGUAAUGAGGCUGUACUUGCCGCGGAAGCAUGGUGGGCGCGGCUUUUUAAGCGCGCUUACCAUGCAUAA